UUGAAGGGACACUAUGGGAGCUCAGCUGACGAGUAUCGCGCCGUCACAGAUCCUCAGCGUGGACAACUACCUGACAGACGUCACAGACUAUGAAUACGAUUGCAGUUGUCGGAGAAGGCAGCCCUCCUGUUCAGACAGUAUGUCCGAGGGAACCUGUACGACAGGAUCAGUACCAGACCCUUCCUCAACAGUGUGGAGAAGAGGUGGAUCGCCUUCCAGCUCCUCUGUGCUCUGAACCAGGCCCACAAACUCAAGGUUUGCCAUGGUGACAUUAAGACAGAGAAUGUGAUGGUGACCGGGUGGAACUGGGUCCUUCUCACUGACUUUGCCAGCUUCAAGCCUACGUAUCUACCUGAGGACCAUCCUGCAGACUUCUCCUACUUCUUUGACACCUCCCGUCGUCGUGUCUGCUACAUCGCGCCGGAGCGGUUCGUGGACGUGAGGCAGGAGGAAGAGAUGAAGAAGGGAAACAAGAUGCAGACUCUCCUGGAGACGUCCUUGGCAGAGGAGGGGUUAAUAAACGUCCGACUGGGGGACCUCACGGCUGCCAUGGAUAUAUUCUCUGUAGGAUGUGUAAUAGCAGAGUUGUUCACGGAGGGAAGCCCGCUGUUUGACCUGUCUCAACUUCUGGCAUACAAGAAGGACGAGUUCUACCCCAAACAUACCCUCAAGAAGAUAGAGGAUGAACAUAUUAGAGAGCUUGUAGAACAUAUGAUACAACAGGACCCAGCCAAGAGACUGUCAGCUGAAGAGUAUCUAAAACAGUGGCAAGGGAAAGCCUUCCCCAACUAUUUCUACUCAUUUCUGAAGCUGUACAUGGGGAGGUUUGCUGGCACACCUAUCAUGGCACCUGAUGACAAGGUGGCCAGCUCAACUGAAAUGCCCUCUGUAUUCACUGAUGAUAAAAUAUCAAGGUUAAAGAAUGACCUUGACAAGAUUCUGAUGAACUUGGUGCAAGAGGGGGAUGAUGGGAAGGAUGGGUCAGAGGUCAUAAGUGACACAGCAGGACUGGUAGUUAUCAUUUCCCUCAUCACUUCAACAGUCAGGAGCCUCAAGUUCUGUGUGUCCAAGCUGAUGGCUCUGGAACUGCUGUUAUCCAUGGCAGAACAUGUUCCUUCUGACAUCAUCCUGGACAGGCUCAUUCCAUAUAUGCUCUUCAUGGUGAACGACCCAUUUCCUCAUGUCAGAGCUGCAGCACUGAAAACUCUCACUAGGUGUCUCUCAUUUGUCAAGACGGUACCAAGAAGUGAUGCCAACAUCUUCCCAGAGUACAUUCUGCCCAACUUGUCCCACUUGACACAGGACGAGGUGGUAGCUGUCCGAGUGGCGUACGCAGAAAACAUCGCAGUGCUGGCAGAGACGGCUCUCAGGUUUUUAGAACUUGUCCAGUUGAACCAGGGUUCUGACCAAGACAAAGACAAUGAUGUUGUGCAAGAUCCAAGUGUGCAGUUCCAGGGUAGCUACGAUACAGAACUACAAGCCCUGCAUGAGAUGAUCCAACAGAAAGUGGUCAUUCUACUCAGUGAUUCGGAAAAUGCUGUGAAGCAAACUCUUUUGGAAAAUGGUAUCACCAGAUUGUGUGUGUUCUUUGGGAGACAAAAAGCCAAUGAUGUGCUGCUGUCACAUAUGAUCACAUUCCUGAAUGAUAAGAAUGAUUGGCACCUGAGAGGAGCGUUCUUUGACUGCAUUGUGGGCGUGGCUACCUACGUGGGAUGGCAGAGUUCCAGCAUUCUGAAACCUCUACUGCAACAGGGCCUAAGUGACACAGAAGAGUUUGUGAUCUGUAAGACCCUGAAUGCCCUGACCUGUCUGUGUGAGCUGGGACUGCUACAGAAACCCAUGGUCUAUGACUUUGCCUCUGAUGUAGUUCCCUUCCUCUGUCAUCCUAAUGCGUGGAUCCGCCAUGGAGCGGUGGGGUUCAUCUCAGCCAUGGCGCGGACUCUGAACGUGGCUGAUGUCCACUGUAACCUCAUCCCUAAACUUGAACCCUACAUCAGGAUGCCUAUCGUACAGGUGGACAAGGAAGUUGUCCUACUGAGUGUUUUGAAAGACCCUGUCCCACGACCGGUGUAUGACUACAGUCUACGGUCCCAGCUUAUUGAACCGCUGUUCGACAUACUACAAGACAGGCAGCUGCUGCGGAACCUGAGCACCAGGAAGGGGGAGAGACCUGUCUACAACCCUCCCGAGGACGCAAACUUGGUACAGCUCCUGAGAAAGCUGAACUCACAAGGGAUGACAGAAAUACACGAAGACAAACUCUUGUCUAUGAAGGACUUCAUGUUAAAGCUUCACAAGUCCAGAGCCAACUCAUCAGAGAACGUCACCAGCAACGAUGACGAUGAAAUGAACCAGGCAGGGAAGCUGAACCUGGGAACUCUGGCUAAACCUGUGACCCGCCGCCAUGCCGAUCUCGUCAAGAUUAUGGAAACAAGAUCGGACAGCACAAACAACAGGCAAGCAAGGGGUUCAAGUAAAAAGAGACCAGGACCUGAACUAUCUCCUAUGAAUGAAGAGUGGCAGAGCAUGUUUGGUUCCUCGUCCAGUGAGCCCAAGUCUCUCCCAGCACAGACAGUUAAACCUGCCUUCCAGCCGGACCCGCUGAGUCAGAGUUUGAACCAGCCAAUAGCAGCUUCCCAGGGAGCGGCACAGCCAACGCACCAGACCAAGACAAUCUCAGUGAAUGCCCCCAUCAGUAUGAGCCAGCUCCAAGCCAGUUCUGAUGCCGGAGGAUCUCCCAAAAAACAACCACCAACAACAGAGAGAGUUCCUGAAACUAGAAGCACCAAUGUACAGGUUCGCCAUGCCACAUGUAAGAUGGAACUGCGAAGGUUAGUCCAGCACAAGAGGGAACAGUUUGCUGCAGACAUGGCCAAAAAGACUCUGAUGGAGACGUCUGUGUGGGAGACCAAGUCCCCACCCCUGGGGUGGAGACCUAAGGGGCAGCUGGUCGCACAUCUGCACGAACACAAGGCCUCGGUUAACAGGAUCUCAGUCAGCCAUGAUCACCAGUUCUUCAGCACAUGCUCCAACGAUGGCACGGUGAAGAUCUGGGACUGCCAGCGGAUGGAGGGGAAGGGUGUGACCAACCGCUCCAGGGUGACGUACACCAGACAGGGCGGUCAGAUCAAGUGUCUCACCUUCUGCCAAUCAUCCCACUCCGUGGCCUCAGCUUCUGACAACGGAUCCAUACAGGUCAUCAGAGUUGAACCAGGGACCCCCAGAAUUUCCAUCUUACAUUCGAGGGAACUGGACCUACAGGAAGAGGGGUGUGUGGUGGACAUGAACCACUUUGACACAGGUUCCCAGUCAAUCCUGGUGUACGCUACUGUCCACGGGAACCUGGUGGGGUGGGAUCUCCGAGCUCCUGGCGAGGCCUGGAAGCUCAAGAACGACCCCAAAUAUGGUCUGAUCACAUCAUUUGCUGUGGACCACAAACAGUGCUGGCUGGGUGUCGGUACCAGCAGUGGUACCCAUGUGUGCUGGGACCUCAGGUUCCAAUUACCCAUCUCAACUGUCAAUCAUCCCACAGGUGCCCGUGUGAGAAAGCUGUGCAUGCACCCGACCCAGCAGUCGUGGGUGAUCUCUGCCGUGCAGGGUAAUAAUGAGGUGUCCAUGUGGGACAUGGAGACUGGAGCCAGACAGAUGACACUGUGGGCCAGCAGUGCUCCACCUCUAUCUACAUCACAGGCCUCCAACCAUUCAGUGUUCGGCAUGUACUGCAGCCCUGGCGACGGCAACCCCUUCCUGCUGACAGCAGGGUCGGAUCAGAGGAUACGGAUGUGGGACUUGGUUUACCCUGACAAGUCCUACAUUGUGGCAGCUGCUGCCAAUGAUCCAGUCAUGUCAACAUCUUAUGUAGCCCGAAUGAUAGACGGUACGGAGGUGGUUCAGGAGGCCAGCAGUAAGCCGAGGGGAGGGACCAACGAGGACGUCCCCAGGAGAGGUCCGGACACGCCCCCGGCCGGGCACCAGGACACGGUGACGGACAUCGCUGUGUGCCAGGUGGCACAGUCCCUCAUCCUGUCCUGCUCCAGGGAUGGGGUCAUCAAGGUCUGGAAGUAGUACAGCAACUGUAAACUCCUAUAACGAUGGUUUUAUUUCUCGAAAAACUAGGUUAUUGCAGUGUUUUACCUUUACGGUAAAAAUAUUUCUUUACAUGCAUUGUAAACAAAUAUUUGUGAUGUCGCAAGGUCAUCAAGAAAUAAAACUAGCCCAAAAGCUUCAAAAUCUACAGUACUUACACAUGUAGGUACAUGUGCUAUAGGCCUAUUGGCUGCACUUGGGCAAUCAUGUUGUAUUGAUGUCAUUUGAGGCACCAGAUCUUCAACAUACCAGACUAAGGACCAUCCUACCAGGAGAUUAUAGAGCACUCCUACUUGUAAGUAGAGAUGUUGCAAAGAAAGCAGUUGGUCCCCUAAGAUAUAUCAUGUACAUGUGUAUUCACGCUAUAAAAUUCUUGUGAAGUCCAGUCCUAUACCUGAAGCCAUUUUGCAUGUGUAAAAAAAGUAUAAUCUGCAUUGUUUUGAACACAUCAAAAAUAGUAUAUAAUGUUGUCUGAGUACUGAUCAAGUAGUCCUGUACAUGUAAUUUGUAACUCGAGGAUGGUUGAUCCAGUCAAAAUCAUGAUGCUUCAAAUGUUAUGGCUGAAGACAGACAGUAUCAUAUUCGUAUGUACAUGAUUGUGUAUCUAUUGUUUUCAUUGAUUUGAUGAAUUAAAAUGAAAGGCCUUCUCCAAUCUUGAAAGUUUUAUUAUGUAUGGCACAGAUGCCAAAGCAUACUAUCAGCUAUUGUCAAAUAAUGAAAAAUAAAAACAAGUUCUGUAUGAUAGUCAUAUUCAGACUGCUUGCUUUGUACAAUAAGAGUAUGUUGUCUUGAGUCCAUACAAAUAUUAUGUGUAUUGUAUUACAUGUAGUUACUAUUAGUAAGAAAAGCGGUAUAUCAUAAAUUUGCACCAAUUUCUUAGUCAUCAUCCAAACAUACAUGUUAUGUUAUUUUGCUGAGAACAAAUAAAAGCUGUAAAACUAUA